AUGUUUCACAAUGACCUAGCCUGGCAGCUGUACGAGAAGACUGGAAACCUGCUGAGUGGUGUCGACCUGAGCGAGUUUAACGCCACGCACACCGACAUCAAGCGGUUACGACAGGGCAAGGUCGGCGGCCAGUCUCUGGCUCUGGUGCACACGGACGCAACCCCUGACGCUGACAUACAGCUGUACCACAACCUGCCUCUCGUUUUUCUCAGGGCAGAUUCGUCGGUAGAGGAGGACACCAGCCCCAUUCACGACGGUCUCACCGACUUCGGAAAGAUGGUGGUGAUUGAGAUGAACCGACUUGGCAUGCUGGUUGAUCUGUCGCACGUGUCGUUUGCUACGAUGAGACAAGCCCUCGCUACGUCAUCAGCUCCCGUCAUCUUCAGCCACUCGUCUGCUUACGCUCUCUGCGACACCACGCGUAACGUACCAGACGACAUCCUAACUCAAAUGACGGAAAAUGACGGCAUAGUCAUGGUGAAUUUCAACCCUGGCUUUGUCAGCUGUCAGAGAGUGGCAAGUCUCAGCCAAGUAGCAGAUCAUAUCGAAUACAUCGUCAAAGUCGCCGGCGCCGAUCACGUGGGAAUAGGAGCAGACUACGACGGUAUAGUGGACGUGCCCACGGGUUUAGAGGACGUAUCCAAGUACCCGGAUCUAUUUACGGAACUGGCAAAACGUGGCUGGACAGACGAAGAACUCGGAAAGUUGGCGGGAAACAAUUUACUCAGAGUGUUUGAGACGGUUGAACAGGUGCGCGACUCAUUUUUGUCCGUGCUUCCGGCGGAAAGUCUGAGACCGGAAGGAGCGGAUCCCGACUGUAGCGCAGCACCGGACGUCCGGCGUGACGUCGUAACAACAUUCGCCACCGCCGCACUGAUGAUCAUCGCAGCGCGCUAUGCGUAG